AGGAAGAGAAAAAGAAGAAGGCGACCAUGUUGAUUGAAAGGAAGAAGAAACACAAUAGAGCCGAUCUAUCUCAAGUACAUUUCAGUUAUUAAAGCGACUUACAAAGAAAUCAACCGAUCAGCCGCAAACUGGAUAUCCCAUGUAAUAUAGCAGACAACCCACGGUGACAAGUUUGAGUCGUUGGCUGACUUUGAGGAGGUGUUGAUCACGGCCACACUCGCACACUUCACAAACCGACCUGAAGGCCUGUGGUGUUCAGGGAGAGAAGGUUGGACACCUGGAGCAGAAAGGAAACGCACAGUGAGGACUCAACAGGGGCGGAAAGCUGUUUGGCUUUGGACUAGAUAACCCCCCUGUAUAACUUUUUCAGGAUCUUUUUUUUUUUCCGAACGUGGAGCUACAUACACCCCCACAGUGGAAAUAAACGGAGAGCAUUACAGACUAUAUGAUUUUGGGGAAAGACUUGUACAAAGUUGGACAUCCUUUUUUCAAGGACGGGAGAAAUUGAGCAACUCUUAUGGACUCAAAGUGGAAACAGGAAAUAUUGUUCCUUUUAGAAACAGAAGUUUAAGUAUUGAACCAAGAUUAAGUUGAAGAAACGAUUCCCGAAAUUCAGAUUGCCUUAGUUGUUCUAUUUCAGGACUUGAACCGCUUUGAUACUUGUUCACGUAUAAUUUUUCUAUAUUGUGAGCAAGUACAUUCAUGCAUAUGAAUGCAAAUUUCUCUUCAUUUUGAAGAGCUCUUGUGUAAAAACCUUUUUUUUUUUUUUUGAUGUUCUUGUACGUCAGUCACUCUGUUGAUUGAAGGGGACCGAACUGGACGUACAUGUGUAUAUGUAAAUACUAUGAGUCGACUUCUGUUGUAAAAGCUUUGGACUUUAAAAAGAAUAGAGAAUAUUGUUUUGUUAAUGCUUUAUUAAACUUUUUUACUUUUGAAGAGAAUUUUUAAAAGACAGACCUAAGAGGCAAAAAUCUUAUACUUCGAAGAAAGGAGGAAAAAAACUAAAAGCAAGGAAAAAUGGCAACUGCCAGAACGGAAAACGUCGGCACAGUCGUCAUGGGACUGAACAAGCAGAAUGGGCAGCUCAGAGGACAGAUGAAACCAGCUUCAGUCCAGCCAGGACCCACAACUCAAGGAAAGACUAUGGGUGCACCCCAGAAAGCAGGCUGUGGCCCGCAGGAUGGAGGAGGUAUCAAGUUUGGGGACGACUGGAAAAAGAGCCUCAAGCUCCCUCCCAAAGACACCAGGGUCAAGACCUCAGAUGUGACAUCCACCAAGGGGAAUGAAUUUGAAGAUUACUGUCUCAAGCGAGAACUCCUGAUGGGCAUCUUCGAGAUGGGUUGGGAGAAACCGUCCCCUAUCCAGGAGGAGAGCAUUCCCAUUGCCCUGUCUGGGCGGGACAUUCUGGCCCGUGCUAAAAAUGGAACAGGUAAAAGUGGAGCCUAUCUCAUCCCAAUGCUGGAGAGGAUAGACCUGAAAAAAGACCACAUACAGGCCAUGGUCGUGGUGCCCACUCGUGAGCUGGCGCUGCAGGUGAGCCAGAUCUGCAUCCAGAUCAGCAAACACCUGGGAGGAGUCAAAGUCAUGGCAACCACCGGGGGCACAAACCUGCGAGAUGACAUCUUGCGCCUUGAUGAAACUGUGCAUGUGGUCAUCGCCACCCCUGGCAGGAUCCUGGACUUGAUAAAGAAGGGAGUUGCAAAGGUGGAUCGGGUCCAGAUGAUGGUGAUGGAUGAGGCAGAUAAGCUGCUGUCUCAGGACUUUGUGGUGCUCAUUGAGGAUAUCAUCAGCUUCCUGGCCAAGGGCAGGCAGAUCCUGCUCUACUCUGCAACCUUCCCCAUCAGCGUGCAAAAGUUCAUGGCCAAGCACCUUCAGAAACCCUACGAGAUAAACUUGAUGGAGGAGCUAACUCUGAAGGGCAUUACUCAGUUCUACGCCUACGUCACCGAGAGGCAGAAAGUCCACUGCCUCAACACGCUGUUCUCCAGGCUUCAGAUCAACCAGUCGAUCAUCUUCUGUAACUCCACUCAGCGCGUGGAGCUGUUGGCCAAGAAGAUCACUCAGCUGGGCUACUCCUGCUUCUACAUCCACGCAAAGAUGAUGCAGGAGUACAGAAACCGCGUGUUCCACGACUUCAGAAAUGGGCUGUGCAGAAACCUCGUCUGCACCGAUCUCUUCACCAGAGGUAUCGACAUCCAGGCCGUCAACGUAGUCAUCAACUUCGAUUUCCCGAAGAAUGCCGAGACUUACCUCCAUCGUAUUGGAAGAUCAGGGAGGUUUGGUCACCUGGGCUUGGCCAUCAACCUGAUCACGUCGGAGGAUCGCUUUAACCUGAAGUCGAUUGAAGACCAGCUGGUGACCGACAUCAAGCCCAUCCCCGGCAGCAUCGACAAGAGCCUCUACGUGGCCGAAUACCACUCGGGCAGCGGUGACUGUGAUGUGGAGGAGGUCGAGGAGAAACCGGGACACCAACAGGAUGGUACAUAAAAAAAAGGACAUUAGGACACAACCGGGCUUUUGCACAGACAUCAACGCUUGCACACCGUCUUCAGGCAACGCUUCAGUUUCACAGUUCUCCCUCAUUUUCAGAGCCUGACAAAGGGAGGGUUUUUUUUGGUUUUUUUAAGUGUUCCCUCACUUGUUACUCAGAGAGCUGCCUCCUUUAUUUAUUUUAGUUUUUAAUAACUGAGAAAGUUAAACUGUCCUUCUGCACCAAACUUAUACGAGACCACGCGUCCUGUGUUUUGAGCUUAGAAUAUUUUUCCUCCUAAAAUCUGUUCGUUGAGACAGCCAUGCAAAUAACUAUCAGAGCUUUAUUGAACCGGUCAUCCUCGUAGACUGUAUUUCGUUACCAGCAGCAAGUUCCGUCUGUUUUCAAUGACACAAUGGUGCGUUUACACCAGCCAUCGUUCUGUCCACUUAACACUGCUGUUGUCACUUAAGUGCCUUACUUCUUCCCAUGUGCACUCAUCCAUUCACAGUCUGCUGUCUUCGGCCACGCAGCAACGAGCGCGAGCACCAACGAGAUGAACUAAACAGUAAUCAGAUCUUAAUUUUAACAUCGCAUUAUGCAAGGUGGAAAAAAUGACACACUCAAACGAACAUGUGUGCUCUCUCCCGCAGAGAAGUGUGUCGUCGAAGCGCGGCUCAAACUCCUCAAAUCUUUCUGAAUGUGAACGUUUAUUUUUUAAAUGUGAACGUUGCAAUAAAAAAAAAAGGGCAGCUUUAUUUAAAUACUGAGUGACUGUUUCUCUCUUUCACUAUGAUUAACACAUAAGCAGAGUUAAUAUCAGAAGACGCAAGCCCCUUAUACUGAUUUUAUGGAUGUUAGCCUGCAACCACCGAGAGAUAGUUAGCAGCCACAUGCUGUUACAUGAGAACUGUCGACUGCGAAUUCUUCUGCAGAUUGUUUUGUUUCUUCUUAGAGGUUCUCUAAAAAAAGGAAUCACGUUUGGUGAAUGCUGUCAAAUCCAUUAGCUACGAAAGCUGGUAGAUGAAAAUCUGGUUUCCUAUCCUGUGUGUGACUGACGAGUAAGAGACGGGUUCAAAACAGCUCUGAUAGAAAAACUUGCCAUUUUUUUAAACUCAUAAAUAAUUUGCCAUUUUUUUAAGCUCAUAAAUAAUUUGAGUAUCGACGGGUCCGAGAGCGGAAGAUUCACAGGUGUUUUUUGUGAAUUUUGGUGCAAAAUGAUAGUUUCAAUUUUCUGUCGCGUUCAUCUUCCACACGCAUAUUUUACAUUUCUGAGUCAUAAUGUGGAAAUGUGAUGUUUAAGAAGCAAACAUUUCUUUGCCGAUCUCAAGGUCAAACUUUCUCACAAAAAGCCCCAUCAUGACAAAACUGAAGUUGGUGAAUGUAUCAGUUGCCAAUAUCAUUUCUGCAGCCCAGUGGUUGAACGCCGAGCUCUAAAGCAUUUGCCUUGCUGCUGUUGCAUAAGAAAACUCCUGCUUGGGUUUUUGCUUUUUAUGAAAUGAUAUAAUGUGUAAGAGACGGUUUCAUGGUGCUGAAACCUGUUCAAUCAAUCAAGGACCAUAUUGAACUACAACUAAAAUCAAAGGAAAUAUCAUGUUUUUUUUCUACAACAGCAGCAAUUUUUUUUUCUUUGGUUUCCCCCUCCCCCAGCACGGAUAUGUUAUAGUUGUAAAAGAUGAGAAUUAUCUUUUUGUGAUGGGUGGGCAAUUGUUUUUUAAUUUCUUUUUUUUUUUUUAAGCAAAAUUGUAGCAUCUUUGAACAGGCAGCUGUGACUUUUUUUUAUUUGUUUGUCCUCCCCUUACAGAGCGUCACUAAUUUUUUUCUCUUUCUUUUCUAAAAAAAAGGCAUGAAAAAGAAAGUAUUUUUGCUUUUUAAGAUUUAUUUUUGCUUAAAGCAGUUUGGCUCUGUGAGGCUUUAGCACUGGAAAACUUCUGGAGGUUUUCGUUUUUGUUUUGGGUGGGUUUGCAGAAGUGUUUUAUCAGAUGCUCUCUGGGCAUCGUGAAUCUUCUCCCCUCUCUCUCUGGUACUUAAAGUGACAGCAAACGCUUCGAUUUGAAAUGGAGUCGACUCAAAAGUUACACAAAAAAUCCCUCGCUAGCUCAGCUGAGUGCCAGAGGGAGAGCGCGCUCUGGGUCAUACAGGAAGGGGGCUUCUGGAAAGCAUCGACGCACUGUGAUCCUCUUGAACCUGCUCCGUGUUUGUUCUGACGGAUGAUCAAAGUGCUGCAAUUUGUUUUUCCGGCGGCUUAAUCCAGUGUAGGGCAAUCUUUAUACGAGGUGUUAUGAAUCAUUUUGAGGAAGAAUUGUAAAUGAUUCAUUGUUUACACUAGUCGUUUACAGAAAGAAAGAAAAAAGAAAAAAAUCUUUUGCUUCAUGGGUGGAGGAGGUAGAAUUUAUCGUCUCCCCAUUUUUCCCCCUUGAAAUAGAUUUUCAGGAUUUACAUUGAAGCAAAACCAAAAAAGUGUGUGUGUGCGUGCGUGUGUGUGUGUGUGUUUGCGUGCGUGCGUGGGCGAGAAAGGGCGUGUGUGUGUGUGCGGGCGUGUGCAGCGGUGACGGGCCGUUUUGUUCAGAAUUGUUACGUUCACAUGCAGCUUCAGUUGAACCGAUGUCUGGAUUAACAGCUCGUCUUUGGGAAAAUCAGAUCAACUCUCAGUCGAUGCGGAGCCAACAUGGUUACUCGCGUUGGUGACUGUGAAUUUAAAAUAAUGAUAAUGAAGCUGCUCUGUUGACUUUGUAGCUGCAUUUGAGCGUAUCGGUCGUAUGUCAGGGUUUGUUUGUUGUUGUUUUUUUUCCGUGUGCAGACUCGUGUAAUGUUUUUGUUGGCGAUGUACGAUGUCUCAUAUCAGAAUGGGUGUUUACAGUUGUCAGGGAUCUGGUUUUUGUUGUUCCUCUUUUUUCCAUCUCCCUCUUCCUCCAGGAGUUCAAAUUUGUGGACAUGGAUUUUCAUUUCUAAUGAGCAAAAGUUCCACUUUUCUGUUCUUCUGGAGGUUUUGUGUUCCUGAUCACAGUUAAACCACGAUCUCCUUUGUGACCAAAAAGCAAAAAUUGGACAGAACAUCACAGCUUUUUUCCCCCUAUGUUAACUAUUCAAAUUGGGUUUUAUUGAAAGUAUCUCUUGGCUCAUGUCAUGAACUGAAUAUUGUCAUCUCAGACUCUUUCCUGGAAUUGGCUCCCAAGACGCUCAACCCCGCAACUUCAGUUUCAUUAUUUUCGCUCUGAGCAUCUGUUCCAUCAGUUGUUAUACUCGCCAAAGCAAACGUUGAGAUCUUAGGAAGAAGAAAAAAGUUUUAAGAUCACAGAGAAAGUGAGACAUGUCAAUUGUAACUGAUGGUGGUGAUGGUCGGAGCCCUGGUUAUAAAACCAAAGUUAUAAAAACUAGAUGUAACUGUCAGUGGGCACAAAGGAGAUUAUGAUGUAUGCAGUUAUGAAUGUCGAGUGACUGUUGAUUUGUCAUCUGGUGUUGUCUUUGUGUGCGUGUGUGCGUGCGCACUCUGACCUGUCGGGUCGGUAGUGCUGAUGGGGGGUGGGUGGGGGAUAUUUGUCAAAAACUUUGUCAGAAAAAGUGUAACUGUUUGAAAAAGAAAAAAAAAGGAAGAAGAAAAAAAAAAGAAUCAGGACGGGGUGAGGAUUUGGGCACGAAAUGGCCGUUUCGACUUCGCUGCUGUUGGGCUCUGCAAAUUCUGAAUUGGUGAAAUUUCAAAAACUGUAUUAGCAGGUGAAUUGCCCCCCUAAUAUUUCUACAGUGCAUAACUAAAUUGGACGUCUUGGAUUUGCUGCACUUAUGUAGACUCGCCCAGAAUAAAGUUAAUGGCAGCAUGUCCCCACAACGGCGACAUUACGACUCUAAAUUGGCUCUCAAGACAUUUUGGUCUGAAUGUAGCUCAGUACCGCAGUAUUUCUCUACAACAUGGUUAGAGUGGAGUUGCAGGACAGAAUGACACUAAAUUGGCUUGCAAACAAAAUGUUGGUUCAAUUGAUCCCUCAUACUUAAAACUUGUCCGGUAUUUUUCAUUUUUUUAUUUGAGUUUAUUUGUUUGUAACUAUUGCCCCUUGGUAAAUUGCAUCAUUAUGGACUAGAAAUACAAUCGCCUCAAACCAGACUGUGUGUUUUGGGAAUUGAAACCGUAUUUUCCUCAGUCGUUCUCCCAUCAUUUUCCUCUGUCGUGCCACUAAACUAAAAACGAAUGAUUUUGAUUGGGUGCUACUACAAAAAAAACAUUUUCUUUUUGUGUUCCCCCGUUUCCCCAUGAAAAUGCAUUGAUGUGGCACAAGGUAUGUCAGUUACUUGUGUUUAUCACUCUGUCCUUUCCUGUUGUAACAUAGAAAUACAUGCAGGGGCAAUAAAAAAAAUCAAUAAAUUGGAACGGAAAUUUA